AGGAUCGGGAGCGGACACCGCCGCUUCGGGAAUUUCGUGAGGACCGCGAGCGGCCACCGCCACUUCGGGAACCUUGCGUGCGGACACCGCUGCUCCCUGACGGAUUCAAAUGCAUGCCCAAUGAGUGUUAGGACAAAGAAGAGUCCGAUAUGGAUGAAGGACUAUGUAGCCAAGCAGCAAUAUCACUGAGGUACAAUGGGCUAUCAAUUGUGUAUCUUCUGUUCCUUCUGUCCGUACCACUGUUUCCUACUCCAAACCUGGCUACCAUGAAGGGGAAAACAGGAAGGUUUAUUCGUGCCAUUUGCUCCACUGGUGUAACAUUUCUGGCAUUGCAGUGUGGAAUGCAAAUCACCUUCACAUAUAUUCUCAAAGAUGGGAUUGGGCCAUGGGACAACAUUUUCUUUCACCUUGGCAUUGUCAGGUUUAGUGAUGUGGACACACUUAACAUAAUACGUCUACUAAUGCCAGAUAUCGCUGUCUUCCUGUCUACACUGUUCAUCCUUCACUGGUGUAAAGCCAAGGAGCCACAUCAUACCGAAGACUGCAGGCACCUCUACAACAGUGAGGGUUCAGAUAGAGAGAUUUCUGACUCAGAAUGUGAAGAGGAGAGUAGAACAUCUGAGGGUUCCUCCUUGGGCUCCUCUGUAAAGAGCCAUACCUCUCCUCUCACCUCUCCUGACUUUCUGCAAAAAUUGAUCAUAUUUCUGAACAGUCUGAGACUUCUCAUGUCUUCUGUAAUGAACACUGCUGGAAAAGUCUUGGUGACUGUUCUGUUGGGGUUGGCAGGUAUAAUGUUUCCCUCGCUGACAUCAGCACUGUAUUUCAUGGUGUUUCUUGGCCUUGUAUGGUGCUGGGUGUUAGACUACACCAUCUCUCUGCUGCACUUCAGCUCUUUGUGUGUAAUGAUGACCAUCUUCAGUGGAGGACACAUCCUUAUCCUCUACCUCUACCAGCUGCCUCUCAUCCAACAGCUUAUUCCUCCUGAGGAUGACUUUGCCAGAUUGUUUGGUUUGACAGCGAUCAUCCAGACCAACAUGUCAGAACCAUAUAUCCUGGCCCUGCAUGAAGAUGGUAGUUGGCCUGCAAUGGUUAACCCACUGGUGCUGCUACUGCUGUAUUUUUCAGUCAUGAGUUUACUACACAAGUGGACUCAGUCUUCUAAGGAGGCCAUGAUGUUGGUAUGGAAGAGGACAUGGCAAAACCAUGAAGGUUCUGGAGUGAAUUCCCUGAUUAUGGAGGAUGACAACCCAAAUUGCUUUGCUUUUUCUCCAUACACACAGAAUAUAUCUUAUUUUACAUCAAAAGAAUAUACUGUAAAGAAGGAAAACUGUGGUGGAGGGAAUGAAAUAUUGAAUGAUGUGGAUUCUCUAUCAUCCACAGAUGCACCAGGACCCACUGCAUUAAACCAGCUUGGACAGUUCAUAAUGAAACAGAGCUAUUUCAUUGCUCUUAUCAUCACAAUGGUAUGGAGCAUCAGCUAUAACUCAUGGCUUACAUUUGUGUUACUGGUGUGGUCAUGUGUAAUCUGGAUGUUGAAGGAUCGGCAACGGUUCGCCAUGCUAAGUGCUCCAAUCCUUGCUGCCUAUGGGACAUUGCUGCUAGUGGUUACAUUCAUUAGUCAACUCCAUCUUAACCAUAUUGACAUUUUCCCUACUUUAUCAAAGCAUGUCUUGAUUGACUUUGAUUUCUAUGGUUAUCCAGUGCCCUGUGUUCACCUUGCUGCAAAGGUUUCUUACACGUUUAGUUUCUGGAUUUUACUUAGACAAAAGCUGAAAGAAAAAAAUGAAGAGGAGCUGCAGACAGCAGAUCAUUUAAUGGAAGUCAAAGUACAUUCAUGUGACAUCAUAUAUACCUCUCAAAUGAUGAUUAUGUUGGGAGCAUUAGUUAAAGGCAUUUUGGUGAAGUACUGGAUCUUCUGCUGCUGCUUCAUGUUCUUCUUUGUCAGUUUCUCUGACAAAGUAGCAGUCUACAAAAUCCUCUAUAUCUGCUUAUUCCUCUUCUGUGUGGUUCUUUAUGAGGUACAUUAUGAAGUAUGGAGGACUGUAUUGAAGCAUUUCUGGGCAGUAGUGGUUGGAUACUCUAUGCUAGUAUUGAUCCUGAUCUACGUGUACCAGUUUAAAAGUGUCUGUAACCUGUUCCAAGAGAUAUUAGGCAUACCAGAGGAGAGGUUGCGAGACAUUGGGCUUGAACAGUUUGACACCAUUGAACUAUUUGCACGAAUCUUACUGCCAGCCUUCUUCCUUCUGGCCUGCAUUCUUCAGCUGCAUUAUUUCAACAGUGAUUUCCUCUCUCUAACUGAUCUUCAGACAGUAGUGACAAGGAACAGAAUUGACAGAGAAGAAGACCUGAAGGAAACACUGAAGGGGAUUUUUGAUAUGAUGAAGAAAAACACUGAGAAACUGAAAAAAUGGUUGACGGAAAGGCAGAUCUAUGGAAAGUGUGGUGAUCAAAUAAAUAUUUCGUCUUCCUCCUUGGACGAACAUCAUGAAAUAGAAUUAGAAGAUGAUGUGCCUGUAGUGAACCAGUGGUUGGUGGUGAUGGAAAGGGUGCAUGAGUUGAUCCUGCAAGCUGUUUUGUGGUUAUGGAGAGGUCAGGAGCUGUGCUGGAGAAUACUGGAGCUCCACAGCUUCAAACUAGUCUCUACAGCCAUCAUCUGGGUAUGCGUGAAGGAGGUAUCACUGAUGAACCUGUUGUUUUUGGUGCUGUGGACAUUUUCUCUGCCAUACUCGAGACUGCGGCCUUUGGCUUUCAAUAUGUCUUCUCUUUGGGCCUGUGUGAUUGUUGUGUGUAAAAUGAUGUACCAGCUCAAAAUGAUUAAACCAUCUGAGUAUUCUUCAAACUGCACUGCUGGCCUGUCAUCUAAUGAGAGUUGGACCAGUGAAAACAAAGCAGAGCUAUUGAGGAAUUCAGUUCUGUAUUUGGCACCAGUAGAUCCAGCAGUGUGGAUUGGUGGACUGAGGAAGUGUGAGGAUCGCAUCCUGCCCUGUCUUUGGAAUCACCUGUUAAUUUUAGGGCUCCUUGUGUUUGAUGUGACUGUCCAUCGGCACCAGCUCCAUCACCGUCUUCAAAAUGGCCUUAAAGCAACACACAGCAGCACCAUAUUUCAGGGUGUGACACACCAGUAUCUAGACCACGGCAUUAUGCCCUCCCUCAAAUAUUUUGCUAACUAUUUCUUCUACAAGUUUGGGUUGGAGGUGUGUUUUGUGGUAGCAGUAAAUGUCAUUGGCCAGCGGAUGGAUGUCUGUGCACUUCUUCACUCUUUUGCUCUAAUGGCUGUUCUGGCACGACGUCGUAGAAAGGCCAUAGGAGAAGUGUGGCCAAAAUACUGCUGCUUCAUUGCAAGUUUCAUGGUUCUGCAAUACCUGCUCUGCAUUGGCCUACCACCAGCGCUCUGCAUUGAUUAUCCCUGGAGGAAGUCAUCUGUGGCUCUGAGCUCUAAUCUGAUAAAGUGGCUGUAUCUUCCAGACUACGGCAUGAUUCCCAACGCCAACUUCAUUCUCUAUGACUGCCUGCUGUUGCUGGUAGCAUCUCUGCAGUGGCAGGUCUUUGAGGAAGAAAAUCAGGCUAGUGUGAGACUCCUGGCGGGAGAGAAUGUGGAGAUCAGCCGAAAUCUGGAUCCACAAACACUCAACCAGUACACUGCUGUCAACAACUUUCUUCAUUGCCGAUCAUAUCUGGACAUGUUGAAGCUGUUUGCGUUCAGUUACUUUUUCUGGCUGGUGUUAUGUCUCAUCUUUAUCACUGGAACCACAAGAAUUAAUAUCUUUUGUCUGGGUUAUCUGGUAGCCUGUUUCUAUUUCAUGCUGUUUGGAGCGUUACUGCUGCAGCCAGUGCAAUAUGUGCUCAGACUUUGGGACGGUCUCAUAGCUUACACCUGUGUGGUCAUCAGCCUCAAGAACAUGCUCUCACUUGGCUCUUGUGUUUAUCUGGAGAGUCUACAGAAGCACGGCUGUUGGCUCAUUCAAGCUUUUAGCAUGUUCUGCACCAUCAAUGGCUACAAUUUACCCAAGCCUGACAAUCAGUGUGAAUUGCCAGAGGGUGAAGCUGGUAUCGUCUGGGAUGCGAUUUGUUUCACUGUCCUGUUGGCUCAGAGGAGAGUCUUCCUCAGCUACUACUUCCUCUAUGUUGUUUCUGACCUUCAGACUUCUAAGGUCCUUGCUUCAAGAGGUGCAGAGUUAUUUGAAGCCAAAGUGAAGAAACAGGUGGCAGCAAGAUUAGAAAUGGAGAAAAAAUCUGUGGAGAUACUGAAGAAACAAAUGGAGAAAAUCAAGUCAAAAGAGAAGAAUGCUCCUUAUCAACAUGUUACAUCUACUGCUCAUGCUGAAUCCUCAUAUUGCCCAAAGCGAAAUGAUGGAGACUGUGGCUAUGAUCUGUUUGAAACUGACAGUGAGGAGGAGGAAGAGGAGGUAAAGGACAGGACAGAGAACAAUAUUUUUCCUAAGAAGAAAACUGCUUUUCAGUUGGCCUAUGAGGCUUGGGUGGCAGGCUACAAGGCAGCGCUGAGAGACCAUGAAUGUCAAGAGAAAGAAGAGCAAAUGAAAGUCAAAAGACAGUUGCACAGACAAGAGGGCAUGGAGAAAGAGGAGUCUGGUGAGGAUCAGCAGGAGUUCAGUCAAAAAGAAGAGGAAGAAAAAGAGCACAUACUUAAGCGAACACAUGAUACUGUGAAAUUCUUCUGGGUUUUUCUAAUCUGUCUUACUGAGGAUGUGAUAUCUGGUCUGAAGUCACACUGUAAAGACAGCUUGGAUAUCUCUAAAGUGCUUCGCUUUGAGAAAACUCUACUGAGCAUACAACAAAACAAGGGCAGGGAUGUCUCUCAUGACAGUAUUCAUCAAUUCUACAAACACUGGCUCUCCAGACAAGAUACAGAGGCAUCACUGGACACAGCCAAAGAGGAUCUCCAAGAAAUAACAACCUCACAUCCAGCCAUGAGCAGCUACCAAUGUGGCUAUGUCAAACUCAACAGUGUCCACUCAUGGGGCAGCAGUCUUUCCAGCUGCCAGACUGAUGACACUUUUCUAAUAACACGACAGUCAACUCAAGAUGACUUAGAUGCCUUGGACCUUACAGAACUUGAUGCUGCCCAGUUCUGCCAAAAGAGAGAUGUCCUGACAGAUUUCUUGAAAGAGGGAUGCACAAAUGAAGAAAAUACACCAAUCUUUGUGCUGCCAGAAUUUCCAGGAAUUAAUCAUCUGCACAACACAAACAAUGAGGAGUUUCAAGAGUCCAGAAUGCUCAGUAAAGAGACCAGAGCACUUACUGCCAGUGAACUGCUGCUUAACAAAAUAUUUGAUAUUCCGGAGAUUGAGGAAUCUGAGAUAUUCUACUCUUCAUUACCUUGUGCUGUGCGUCUCAUCUUUGCUCUCUACAAUUUGAUGGAGUCUCAGUCAGAGAUGUUCUGUUACUUUGUGAUUAUCUUAAAUCACAUGGUGUCUGCCUCUCUACUAACACUCUUCCUGCCCAUCCUCAUCUUCCUGUGGGCUAUGUUGUCAGUGCCACGGCCAACCAAGCGCUUCUGGAUGACAGCUAUUAUCUACACACAGCUCACAGUUGUGGUAAAGUACUUUUCCCAGUUUGGCUUCUUUCCAUGGACUACAUCAGCAUAUCGUGGCAUUAAUGCAGAGCGUGCAUUUGCAGUACCCAACAUAGUCGGAAUUGAGAAGAAAGAUGGCUACGUACUGCUCGACCUCAUCCAAUUAAUUGCUUUGUUCUUCCAUCGCUCUAUUCUUAAGUGUCAUGGUUUGUGGGAUAACAAGGAGGUGGAGAUGCCAGACUUUUUUAAGAAACUAAAGCGAAAAACAGAGAAAAACAAGAUGGCUGGAGGAUCAAGACAACGAGAAGAAAACACAAGAAGACAAAUGCCCUUCUUUCCUUCAUACGCGUCACACACUUCUUUCCUUCAGAGACAAAGAGCAGAGAGCCCAGAGAGACAGGCAGAUUCAAACCAAAACAUGAAAAAACAUUCACAGAAGAAGCAACAGUGGAAUGUAGCUCUAAGCAGGAAGGAGCGAAUAAAACAGUACAUGAAUGGCCGAAUGCUGGAAGCCAAAGCUGCAGUCAUAGAGCUUGCUCUACACAUAUAUUUACCCAUAAGGCAAUUCUUCUACGACAUCAUCCACCCUGAGUACAGCCCUGUGUGUGAUGUGUAUGCGCUGAUGUUUCUGGUAGAUGUGGUGAACUUCAUCAUUAUUAUAUUUGGAUACUGGGCCUUUGGAAAGCACAGUGCAGCUGCUGAUAUAACAGAGUCACUGUCAGAAGACCAGGUUCCUGAAGCUUUUCUCGUCAUGCUCCUCAUCCAGUUCAGUACCAUGAUUGUGGACCGAGCACUCUAUCUUCGUAAAACUCUUCUUGGGAAGUGUAUUUUCCAGGUAGUGCUUGUGUUUGGGAUCCACUUCUGGAUGUUCUUCAUACUGCCUGGUAUCACAGAGAGGAGAUUCAACAGGAAUCAAGUUGCUCAACUCUGGUACUUUGUAAAGUGCAUUUAUUUUGGUCUCUCAGCAUACCAGAUCAAAUGUGGAUACCCGAACCGUGUUCUUGGAAAUUUUCUUACCAAGAACCACAACUACUUCAACCUCUUCCUCUUUCAGGGGUUCAGGUUAGUUCCAUUCCUGACUGAGUUGAGGGCAGUGAUGGACUGGGUGUGGACAGACACAGCUCUUAGCCUGUCCAACUGGAUCUGUGUGGAGGACAUCUAUGCCAACAUCUUUAUUCUCAAAUGCUGGAGAGAAGCGGAAAAGAAAUACCCUCACCGACGUGGACAGAGGAAGAAGAAGGUGGUGAAAUACACAAUGGGUGGCUUCAUUAUUUUCGCUCUUAUCUGCAUCAUCUGGUUCCCUCUUCUCUUUAUGUCUUUGGUUAAAUCUGUGGCAGGAGUAACCAAUCAACCUCUAGAUGUGUCCAUCCAGUUGAGCAUAUUUGGAUAUGAGCCAUUGUUUAGCAUGAGUGCUCAGGAGCACAAUCUGAUCCCAUACUCUCAAUCGGCCUUUCAGAAGAUGAGCAAUCACUUUGCUACUUACCCGUCAGCGAUGCAGUUUAUUGUGAACUAUCUGGCAGAGGACAUAGUGAUGGCAAAGAUCAAAAGUGAUGCCAGUCGACUUUGGAACGUCAGUCCUGCCAGCCGAGAUACCAUGAUCUAUGAACUCAGCAAUUCAACACACUUCUACAUCACACUGCGCUGGACUUUACUACGAAAUGCAUCUUUGGUGAUGAAUGCAGUGACGACUGGUGAACACACAGUGAAGUAUGAAGAUAGCGUACUGAGAGAGGAACUGGUGUCUAUGCUCAGAGGAACACGCAGCCAUCCAGUGUAAGUGUUUCUUAAACAUUAAAUAUGGAUGCUUUCAACAUCUGUUUUUUUUUUUUUUGCCACUUCUCAUUCCAUCUGUUUUCUGAUGAUUGUCAGGCUACUGGUAAAUCUGCUGCCAAAAUAUAUUAGAGGAACUUCUGGGCCUAAUGCUAAAGUGGCACAUCGACUUCAAGUGGAAUUUACAGCACAUCCAUCAAAUCUCCACCUACAGUUCUUCCGUCCUCUGUCCAUCAAACUGCAGCGGGGAAAUGGGAGCUCUGCAGAGACGGGGCCGCAGUGGUGGGUGGUGGAAGAGUGUUUUCCUGGGCCUCUAGUCAGCAGAUGCCAGAGUAUUGAGAUGGUGGUGUUCAAUGAUAAAGUCAGCCCUUCCAGUGUGGGCUUCCUGGCUGGAUAUGGCAUUGUGGGUCUGUACAUGUCUGUGGUGCUGGUCAUUGGGAAGUUUGUGCGGGAGUUCUUCACAGGCAUAUCUCGAUCCAUCAUGUAUGAGGAGCUGCCAUGCGUGGACCGUGUACUAAAACUGUGCAAUGAUAUCUUUAUUGUGCGAGAGACGGGGGAGAUGGAGAUGGAGGAGCAACUGUUUGAGAAGCUCAUCUUUCUGUACCGCUCACCCGAGACCAUGAUCAAAAUGACCCACAAAAAGAAUGAGUAA